AUGGCUGGCAUACCGAGCCUGCCCCUCAAUGUGUUCGGGGCCCAACAUAAGCAGGUGUUAGCCGACGGCACCGACUACCUGGCUGACGUCAAGGUUCGCCUCAAGGUGGUCCGGGGUGGAUUCGACGAUACCGCAACCGAUUUGGGAUUCGCCAGAGAUGAGCCCAUCACCUUCAAUGGUCUCGACGACCUCACCCGCGUCGAGACAGUGGCGGCGUUCAACGAGCAAGCGGCAGCGUACGAGCAAAAUAAAAGGCGAGUCGGGAAGCUGGGAGAAGCGACCAGGUCGAUGUGGAAGGAGUUGCCCCUCAAGGGCGACGACGAUGACCUACUCGGGGGCGCGAUACCCAUGGAGAUCAUUAUCGAGAUAUCGGCGUUUGCGUAUCCCUACAUCAAAGAGUUGGACAAGGCGAAGGACCUUUCCGAUGAGGAUCGCGAUCAGAUACGAAGCGUCAAUCUCCGGAGCACGCAAUCUCUUUUCGAACGACUCGAGGGCAACGCCAUGGCAGCGAUGCAUGGCAAGAGAAAGAGGCGGCCGGAGACAUCUGAGAGCUAUCAAAGCCAAGGCGAAAACGGUCCAGUGUUGACGGAGCAGCUCAGGUCACUUGUCGAUCGGCUUACUCUCGCGUCAGACGACGCGCAGGACGCCGAGGCUAGGCACGUGGCUGAGAUGCGUGAAAAGAACUCCGAGGUGAUCAAGGUGAAAGGGAAGCUCACCCAUCUGGAAGUCGAGAACUCGACUCUUUCCUUCGAGCUAUGCGAGGCCCAGGAAAAGGCCACCGCAACACUGAAGCUCGGCUCCGCAAGGCAGAGAGAGCUCAAGAUAGACCAAGACGACAGUAAGAUGGACCAGGGCCAAUCGCAAGAGGAUAUGUGCAACGAGUUCAAGAAAUGCGUCACUGGUCUGAAGACGCAGAUAGCUUCCCUCAAGGAACACAAGGCAGUACUCGAGCUGCGAGCAGAUACUGCUGAGGCGAACCUCAGAAAAGAAAAGCCAAAGUGUGAGCGGAACGAACGCGCUACUGAGGGACUCAAGAGCAACAUCAAGCAUCUUCAAGACAGCCUCGGUACAGAACAACAGAGGGUUAUGGAUCUCUUAGAUGACAAUAAGAAGGUCAAGAUGAAGCUGAGGGAACUUGGAGAGGACUAUGCUCACGAGAGUACACUGGAAACGACCAAUGGCGGCAAGUAUCUAGAUCUCAAGUCAUUUCACGACAUUCUCAAGAGUGAAUACGCAAAGCUCGAGGCGGAUCACAAAGGCCUCGUCUCGAGUCACCGGGAGGCCAACUCUGCUCAUGGGAAUGCCAUCAGGGAUAUGCAGCUGAGGUUGAGCAAGGCCGAAUCUACCGUCAAAGACUUGGAUUUGAAGUUGAAGGAGGCCCAUUCCAACCAUGGCAAGGUCAAGUCCGCUCACAAGAAUGCCGUCAAGGGCACGGAGAAGAGGCUGUCCGAUGAUGCGACCUCUCACGAAGAGGCAAUCAAGGAGAUUGAGACUAGGAUGACCGAUGCCGUGUCCUCCAGUCAUACAGAGGCCACUACGUCUCUGAAGAAUUCCCAUGGUGUUGAGCUGGUGAAUGUGGCGCAACAGCACGAGGAAAAAGUCAGAGAAUACGAUGUGUGGUUUCACACCGCAUCCGAGAAACUGGAGCGCAUGCGAUCGGACCUGGAAGCGGAAAGGGCACAGCACAAUAUCACGGUAGCCAAUCUCCAGACCGCGAGAGCAGAGCUCGUCACAAAGACGACCCAGUAUGAUGCCAAGGUCGGGGAGCUCAGAGGAAAUGUCGAGUCGCUUCAGUCAGAGGUUGUAAUGGGCAAAAGCGAUCUCGAAGAACGUCUCCAGACGUUUGAGACCCGGUGCACAAGCUUCUUCUUUGGCUCGGUCAUUCAGGGCAUCAUGUCUGCCAUCGUCGAAGGCGAUGUUGCAGCUAAUCAUGCGGAGACUCAUCUCUGGGUGGUCAAUGGCACUUGGGCCUCGAACAAACCAGACUACAACUUUGAUGACCUGGGUGCCAACGAGCUCCUGCGGCGUCUCAUCAUCUCCGUUCAUCAAGAAGUAUGGCUUGAGAAUGAGUGCAUCGCCCUGAUGCGGGGACUGACAAUGCGCCUCGCGCAAGCGCCUUAUGUCAACGUCCGUCUCGUCAGCUGGGUCAUCGAUGCCUCUCGCGUCCGAGUCGCCGAACUUCCCAUGACGGGUGCCAUUCCUGUGGAAGCAGCGAUAUGGGCAGUCUCGGAAGUCUUCCACACUCGUUGGGGAGUCGGUCAGGUUCAGAGUCACCGGUACCUGGACGAGGCGCGUCAGAUCGCGGCCGUGGAUGACGUAGAUCCCACUUAUCCGGAGUACCUGACGUUGACAAUCCCAGCGGAAGAUGGCGAUUACAGCGGCGAAUGCGAGAUUGUCAGGAGGCAAGGAUGGCCCCUGUGCGUCAUGUUUAACACGGCCAAAAAGGUCUGCUGGUUCGUCAACCCAGACUGCUGCAAGCUUACUCUGCUACAGUGGUCAUUCCGUGGUCCAUCAAGGACGAUUACCAUGUCGUGGAUCAAUGGCACUGUCAACAUGAAUACGUUUCUCUACAGUUUGAUGCACCCGUGA